AUUACAUUGAGCAGCAGCAAUUAAAACGAUUCGUGAACAGCAGUUGGGUGUUUGACAAAUGUUUCUCUUAUCAGCUGGAACUACUUGUGCAUGUAAAUUCCUUUUCUUAUAUAACUCGUGAACUAUCGGUGUACCGGAUGCUGUGAUAGCACAUUGCUGAUGUUCCUCUGGAUUGUGAUUGCACUGACGCAGCGAAAUUAAACCCAUUACUAUGUGACUAUACAAACACUCGACGAGGAGAAUCCAUUAGGCAAACUCAAGUGACGUGCGACUCAAUUGUAGCCACUCGAGUCAAGUCGAAAAACACACAUCCGAAUUGGCCAUCGUUCAUUUAACGUCUUCAUCUUAUCGAUCGCCCUCAGUCAGUGUCGCCAGUACUUCUGCCACUUCUGGUACUACUCUACAAAAACUUAUCUCCCCAAGUGACGCGUAAUUGUCGAGAUACAGAUACUCCGCACACUACCACACCGCUUGAAACCAAUUAGCUGAUUGGCAAAUGAUAGAAGGCCAAAGGAUACGCUAUUCUUUGAGCCAAUGGAGUCGGUGGGGGCAGCGGCCUAAGCACCAAUUCAAGUGAAACUCUUUGCGCAAGGCAGUGCGAGUGCGAACAUAACCAGACCCGAUGUGGUGACCACAAAACCUGGUCGGUCAAUCAGUCUUGGUGCAACGCUCGUGGCAGCAGGAGCGGCCAAAAGCUACAGCUCCAAAAUCGGCAAACACGUUUCGAGUGCCCAAUUACCAAUUACAUUUACCACAUUUGCGGCACGAAGCGCAGCCCGCCAGAAAAACAAACCAGCGUAUUGGUGGCCAAAAACGUACCCGUACUCGGCCAAAAGCACCCACAUCGACUGUAAUCGGGCAGAAAACAGCGAUGCUCGCUUCGGGUCGCGUGUAAACUUAAUAUCGCACUGUCCGGCAGCAAAACGCUUGAUAACCCAGUUGUCUCAGACGUCAGCGGGCCACCAAGGCGACAGGUUGCAUCGCAAAGCAGCAGGAAAAGUGCGCAGUGUACGCCGCAGCAGCAACAACCACAGCCAUAGCCACAAAGCAAAUAUACCCGGUGGUAUUAAUUCGUCAAUUAAUUGGCUGCGCGGAACAAAGUGGCAUACAGCUAACAAAAAAAAAACAAACUAUAAGGAAAAAUGCAGAAAUAAUAUGCACAUACUGGCACUUGAUUAAAGUGCCAUUCAGUGAGAGUGUGUGACUGGCGAAACUAGUGAUCUUUGGCAAACCAGUGCGGAGAAUGCCGAGUUUUAUCAGCUUGACGCACGUACAACAGCCCGCAAAUAAAGCCAAAUAAUAUACAAUUUAUCAAAUUAAAAUCACAACCAAAAUCAAAACAGCAGACCGAGAGUGCGGAACGAGUAUCAGCUGACAAGAUGAAACUAUCCAAGAGCUUCGAUGAAUUGAUACUCAAUGCCUCGCGGUUGAGCUUGAACAACUUGCGAUCGCCGGCGAAGAAAAAGGGGAAAAAUAACAUAAAUCGCUUCGGAGACUCCAUGGGUUCGCUGGGACAUCGUGCCUUGUUGCAGUACAUCGAUAAUAAUGAUAUAUCCGGUCUGCGCGCUAUCUUGGACAGCCGUCAUCUUACCAUCGACGAUCGGGAUGAGAAUGCCACCACAGUGUUGAUGGUAGUGGCUGGACGCGGUUUGACUGCGUUUGUCCGCGAGUUUCUGGCCCGCGGUGCCGAUGUUCAGGCAGAGGAUUUGGACAACUGGACGGCACUGCUGUGUGCCUCCCGAAACGGGCACUUGGAUGUUGUCCAACUGCUGCUGGACCAUGGCGCUGAAGUGGAGCACCGUGAUAUGGGUGGCUGGACCAGUUUGAUGUGGGCAGCUUACCGCGGGCACACGGAGCUGGUGCGCCUUCUGCUGGACAAGGGAGCCGAUGGCAAUGCCCAUGGCAACUACCACCUGGGCGCCCUUCUGUGGGCGGCGGGCCGUGGCUACAAGGACAUCGUGGAGCUGCUGGUGCAACGCGGCGCAAAAGUGAAUGUGGGUGAUAAGUAUGGAACCACAGCCCUGGUAUGGGCAUGCAGGCGAGGAAAUGUGGAGAUUGUGGACACGUUACUUAAGGCUGGAGCCAAUGUGGACACCGCUGGCAUGUAUUCAUGGACGCCUCUGCUCGUUGCGGCCGCCGGCGGCCAUACGGAUUGCGUUAGUUCCAUUCUCGAGAAGAAGCCAAAUGUGAAUGCCUUGGACAAAGAUGGAAUGACUGCCCUUUGCAUAGCGAGUCGAGAGGGUUUCCAGGAUAUUGCCGCCUCCCUUAUUGCGGCUGGUGCCUACAUAAAUAUCCAGGAUCGCGGAGCAGAUACCCCGCUCAUACAUGCCGUUAAAGCUGGUCAUCGAACUGUGGUGGAGGCUCUGCUCAAGAAACAUGCCGACGUGGAUAUACAGGGAAAAGAUCGCAAGACGGCCAUUUACACCGCGGUGGAGAAAGGACAUACGCCGAUUGUUAGGCUACUGUUGGCCACCAAUCCCGAUCUGGAAUCCGCCACCAAGGAUGGCGACACUCCCCUGCUGAGAGCUGUACGAAAUCGUAACUUGGAGAUUGUGCAUCUGCUGCUAGAUCGGAAGGCCAAGGUGACUGCUAGCGAUAAAAGGGGCGACACCUGCCUGCACAUUGCAAUGCGGGCAAGGAGCAAGGCGAUUGUGGAGGCUCUCCUGCGAAAUCCGAAGCACAGUCAGCUCUUGUAUAGAGCCAACAAAGCUGGAGAAACGCCCUACAACAUUGACUCCCUGCACCAGAAGACCAUAUUGGGCCAGGUCUUUGGCGCCAGACGUCUGAACACCAACGAGGACUCUGAGGGAAUGCUGGGCUACGAGCUGUACUCCUCUGCCUUAGCGGAUGUGCUCAGUGAGCCGACAUUAACCACUCCCAUUACCGUGGGACUCUACGCCAAAUGGGGCAGUGGAAAGAGUUUCCUGCUAAAUAAGCUGCGCGACGAGAUGAACAACUUUGCGCGCCAGUGGGCGGAACCACCGAUUCGAACCAGUGGCCUGCUCUUCAUCGUCUGCCUUCAUUUGGCAUUGCUCAUUGGAACUAUUGUGGGACUGAGCACCUGGUCAGCGGUUGUGGGCGUGUCGGCGGCUGUCGGAUUCUUGCUGCUCGCUUAUCUGCUUCUGGCAGCAGUGAGAUACUGCAAUUACCAGAUGGACAUGCAGUGGGCCUACUCUGUGCAACAUGGUCUCGAGAAGAGAAUGACGAGAUUGCGUCUGAUACUUCAGGUGGCCUUUUGCCAUCCGCCGGGACCACAAUCGGAUUCACAGGCCAAACCCGUGCGGUUUCACUUUGCGGAGGCCAACAGCGCUUCACCCACAGGUGAUGGAGCUGUAGCUCAUAUGUUGGCCGCUCUCUUAGAUGCUAUAGAAUCUCACUACGGAUGGCUGGCCACGAGAUUGUACCGAGCCUUUCGUCCGAAGUGCUUGAAAGUGGAUGUUGGCUGGCGUUGGCGUCGCAUGUGCUGUAUCCCAAUCGUUUUGGUCUUCGAACUAGCCCUCGUCACCCUGGUUACUGGCAUCUCUCUCAUCGUGGCCUACUUCACGUUUGCCGAUGAGAAGGAAAAGGAACAGAUAUUGGUCGCUCUUUAUGUGAUUGCAGCCGUGAUGGGCACGCUGAUCUGUACACAUCUCCAUGUCCUGGCUAAGGUGUUUGUAUCCCUGUUCACCUCCCACAUCCGACUGCUGAAGAGGGCUGUUCGGUCCAGUGAAUCGGCUCCGUUGACUAUGCUGGGUGCCGAGGUGGCCGUGAUGACGGACAUGGUCAAGUGCCUGGAUGCUUUCACCAAUCAGCAGAGUCGCUUAGUUGGCGUGAUCGAUGCCUUGGAUUCCUGUGACACCGAGAGGAUUCUCACUCUUCUGAAUGCUGUGCAAACGCUUCUUUCUUCACCUAACCGACCAUUUGUUUUGCUCAUUUCUGUGGAUCCACACGUCAUAGCCAAAGCAGCGGAGGCUAAUAGCCGACGACUCUUUACGGAGGGCGGAAUCGGAGGACAUGACUUCCUGAGAAAUUUGGUGCAUCUGCCUGUUUAUUUGCAAAACUCCGGACUGAGAAAGGUACAACGAGCCCAGAUGACAGCGCUGCUGUUCAAGCGAAGUGGCGGAGGAGAUUACCAGACAGACGAUGGACCGACAUUGGGUCACUCUGUAUCUGCUCGUCGACUGUCCAAUGCCUCUGAGAUAAUCUCCAGUCAGGAGAAGCUCCGCGGACCCGCCCGAGGAGGUGGUGGAAAGAAGAUGCGUCUCUCCGAAUCCGUGGCCAGCUCUACUGGUUCCAAUCUUCACCGCCUGGGUCAGAACCCACAGACUGUGCUUGAUCUAUCGCGCAUUGUGCUCACGGAUGAUUACUUCAGCGAUGUGAAUCCACGAAGUAUGCGCCGCCUGAUGAACGUGAUCUACAUCACGGUGCGCUUGCUCAAGGCCUUCCAGAUUGACUUCAGCUGGUAUCGUCUUAGUUCCUGGAUCAAUCUGACUGAGCAGUGGCCAUUGAGGGCAAGUAUGAUAGUGCUGCAUCACGACCAGUUCAUGGAUGGCAAUGCGGAUGAGAGUGUUUCGCUGCAAAGCGUUUACGAGAAACUGCGACCGAAACUCGCUUACUUGAGAGAGGCUGCUCCACUCCUGGAGUUGGAUCGAGAUGAACGAAAGCUCGACGCCUUCCUGCAGCUGCACAAAUCAGAUUUACUCGUGGCGGAUCUGCGCAUCUUCUUGCCCUUCACCAUUAAUCUGGAUCCUUACUUAAGAAAGGUCUUAAAGGAGGAUCAGCAAACCAUCGAGGACGAGGGUUCCCUAGUGAUACAAACCAGGCCCAGCGUUUCCAAUACCAUGCGUCAAUUCCCAGCGCCCACCACCUACGUGCCUUCGCCGCAGGCCUAUCCACCCUACCAAAUGUUCCAGAACGAGUAUCCUGCCAAUGAGCUACGCUCCAGGAAUCUCAGCACGAGCACAGAGCCUGUCACCCCGCUUAUUAGCUCACCUAGUGAUUCGUUUGGUGAUGACAUCCUGCAAACCAAGCUGACCGAUUUGACCGUCGAGGGAGUCAUCAGUCUGCUGGAGCGGAUCGAGGACAUGAAACCAUCGUUGGCCAAACUAGCUCCUGUGCUCCGCGAGAACGCAAUCAAUGGUCGUGUCCUGAAGCACUGCGAUAUGCCGGAUCUGAAAUCGGUUCUGGGCCUGAGCUUUGGCCACUGGGAGCUGUUCCGCCUGCUGAUCACCACGUUGCGGGAAUGCGAGCGUUUGCCACGAAAGCAGCCGCGCCAGCAGCAACAACCGGCCGCGUUGGAGGCGCCAUCGAAUGUCCCAAUGAUUAAGGAUGUUACGGAUGCCCUGAUGCAGCCACCCAGGGAAUCCCUCUCGCGGAAGAACUCUGUCAGUCAUAUGGAGAAGCAGUCAAAAGUGCAUGACUACGAGUAUCUGCAGGUCACGCUGGAGGAGCAGAUGAUCUGCGGCACCUUACAGACUCUGAAUGAGGAGGCGUACGAGGAUGUGGCCAGUAGCGAGAGACCGAGUCCCACAGGUGAGAUGUUGGCGGCAGCCGCACAACUGCAAUUAGCACCCAUACGCGAGUCCUCCGAGUUCGGAUCGCCUUCCGACGAUCAGAAGCAGUAUGGGGUCAAGAUAAGCAACAACAACAACAACCAGUACUUGCAUGCGGAGUACAACCGGAGCGUUAGCACGCACUCCCUGCAGAGUCUGAGCACUCUGGUGGGUGCACCCGGUGGUCAUGGUGGUUCCGGUGGCGGUCACCUGCACCUGGGCAAUGAACUCGACACGCCGAGUGCCGGAGCAGCAAUGACGACCCCAUUGCUCGGUGCCUCCGGCUCUGUGCCACCGCCAACAGGUCGGGAUUCUAUUUUAAAACAGCAGGGAAGCGUCAAAGUCGACAAGCGAGUAUCGAUUCAACAAACGGCGACCAACAAUAACAACAAGCUUACGCCAAAUGUGGAGUAUGUUUCCGAACGCCAGCCGGAGGUCCAAGGAGCAACCAAGCGCUUGACAACCAAGCCGCCACCAGGACCUCGUCCCGCAUCGCUGAUCAUCACCAGAAACGAUUCCAACUCACAGUUCCAGCUGCUGCGAUCCUCCUCAGUGGACUACGACGAUGUGGAGGCCCAGGAGCACCGAACCACGAUUAGGACCACUUUGCUGGAACAGCAGGAGGAAGAGGAAUCAGCCCCGUUCGUGUUUACAGUGCGAAAAUGACACAAUCUUCUCUACUAGGUGAAAACAGCCAAUGAGAUGGCCAUUUAGUGCCAGCUACGCUUAGUUACAAAUUAGUUAUAACGCAAUUAGCUAAUAACUGGAGGACUUUGUGGAAACUCUGACUUUUGGGUUACACAAUGAUUUAGUUGUAUAGUCUGUACGCUAAGAAAAGACACUUUGUUUGCAAAUCCUGGUUGUAUGCCACAGAAAACACUACUUGUUAUAAAUGUAUAAUGCAUGUGCAUAUAUGUAUUUCUUAAAUGUAUAAAGAGAAUCAAAGUGAGUGUUGAA